CCUACACAGAGCGUGUUGUUGGAGCUGCUGAGAGCGGUAGCUUGGGUUGAUUUUUUUCAACUUUCCUUGCAUUUUCUCUUCCUCAGAGUAUGUGGCUUUUGAUCGGUUGAAAGGAAGACUAUAAAGGGAGUGAUCGAGGAUUUUGCUUACGGUAAAAGGAAACACCGAAAGAACAACAAUUCAUAAUGAUGGGAUUUUAAAGGUUUGGUAAAAGAAUACAAGGCAACAACAGCAGAGCAUACUGACCAAGAAGCCAACGAGGAAAUAGCUACCAAAGGAGAAAAUUCUUCAAAGGAACAACUUAUUGUUGGUGUUCCCAUCAGUAAAAAGAUCGGAAAGCCUUAUUUGAAGUGAUUCAUUUUUUUUAUCCUUUAUCAGAAAGUUCUUCAGGGAGGCUGUUUUUUUUUUUUUUUUGUACACAGGAACGUAACGUUCUUUUUAUCCUAUUGAUCAUUGGUACCGGGUCUAUAUUUGUUCUGCUUUCGCAUCAAUGUUAUUUUAUAAAUACAUCUGCUUGAAUUCUCUGUUUAUUUGAGAAUCAUCAAGGAAGGAGGUGCGGGCUACCGAGAAAAGGGUGUCGGAUGGCAUAAAGGCUUGGUAGACAAUGAGAGUUCGAUCGCUACAAUCGAUUAUUCUCCCCAUGGAAUGUUGAAGGCUUCGGUCGGGGGAGCAGAGAUACCCUGGGGCUGAGUAACAGCAUUGCCACCAUUAGCAUUACUAUUAACAGAGGAACCCCGGGGCAGCAGCGUUAUUAGCAGGAUCAGAAGCUAACGCUUCCCACCCCCUCCUCCCUCUCUUCUUUUUCACCUCCCCUCCCUUCUCCCUACUGUUGGGGCUUGCUCACAAGGGGGAUACCCCCUCCUCUCACGUGCGUCCUGCAAUUAGUAAAUGAACCUUCGUGCUCUUGGGAGAGGCACCUAACAAGCGGCUUGGAUGAUUCGAGACCUGAGCAAGAUGUAUCCCCAGUCCAGGCACCCGGCUCCACAUCAGCCAGCUCAGCCCUUCAAAUUCACCAUAUCCGAAUCGUGUGAUCGGAUUAAGGAGGAGUUUCAGUUUUUACAGGCUCAGUACCACAGUUUAAAACUGGAAUGUGAAAAAUUGGCCAGCGAGAAAACAGAAAUGCAGCGACAUUAUGUCAUGUACUAUGAGAUGUCGUAUGGACUGAACAUUGAGAUGCAUAAGCAGGCAGAAAUUGUCAAGAGGCUGAAUGCUAUCUGUGCACAAGUCAUUCCUUUCUUGUCCCAAGAGCACCAGCAGCAAGUGGUACAGGCGGUGGAGCGUGCCAAGCAGGUUACCAUGGCUGAACUGAAUGCAAUCAUUGGGCAGCAACAACUCCAGGCUCAGCAUUUAUCUCAUGGACAUGGUCUCCCAGUGCCUCUGACCCCACAUCCUUCAGGCCUGCAGCCUCCAUCCAUUCCUCCAAUUGGCAGCAGCGCAGGCUUAUUGGCUCUUUCGAGUGCUCUUGGCGGACAGUCCCAUCUUUCGAUCAAGGAUGAAAAAAAACAUCAUGACAGUGAUCAUCAAAGAGACAGAGAUUCCAUAAAGAGCUCAUCAGUGUCUCCCUCAGCCAGUUUCAGGUCUGGAGAAAAACACAGAAAUUCAACAGAUUAUUCAUCAGAGAGCAAAAAGCAGAAGACUGAAGAGAAAGAUAUAGCUGCUCGUUACGACAGUGAUGCUGAAAAGAGUGACGAUAACCUAGUAGUGGAUGUUUCUAAUGAGGACCCUUCAUCUCCCAGAGGAAGCCCGGCACAUUCUCCAAGGGAGAACGGUUUGGACAAAAGCCGCCUUUUAAAGAAGGAUGCACCUAUCAGCCCAGCCUCCAUUGCAUCCUCAAGCAGUACUCCUUCUUCAAAGUCCAAAGAACUGAGCCUUAAUGAAAAAUCUACAACUCCUGUUUCAAAGUCAAACACACCCACUCCACGGACUGAUGCACCCACCCCUGGCAGUAACUCUUCUGGACUUAGGCCUGUACCUGGCAAGCCACCAGGAGUUGAUGCACUAACUGCAGGUCUUCGGACACCAAUGGCAGUUCCUUGCCCUUAUCCUACCCCUUUCGGUAUAGUGCCACAUGCUGGGAUGAAUGGGGAGCUAACAAGCCCAGGAGCGGCUUAUGCCAGUCUUCACAACAUUUCCCCCCAGAUGAGUGCAGCAGCCGCUGCAGCUGCCGCCGCUGCUGCUUAUGGAAGGUCCCCAGUGGUGGGUUUUGAUCCACAUCAUCACAUGAGAGUUCCCGGAAUACCUCCAAAUCUGACUGGCAUCCCUGGAGGAAAACCUGCAUAUUCAUUCCAUGUAAGUGCCGAUGGUCAGAUGCAGCCUGUUCCUUUCCCUCCUGAUGCUCUUAUUGGCCCCGGAAUACCUCGGCAUGCACGACAGAUAAACACAUUAAACCAUGGAGAAGUAGUGUGUGCAGUUACCAUCAGCAAUCCUACAAGACAUGUGUAUACCGGUGGGAAGGGAUGUGUCAAAGUCUGGGACAUUAGUCACCCAGGGAACAAAAGCCCUGUCUCUCAACUGGACUGCUUGAACAGAGAUAACUACAUCCGUUCCUGCAGAUUGCUCCCUGAUGGACGCACUCUGAUUGUCGGAGGGGAAGCCAGCACGUUAUCCAUUUGGGACCUGGCAGCUCCCACACCACGUAUAAAAGCAGAGCUGACCUCAUCCGCGCCUGCCUGCUAUGCUCUGGCUAUCAGCCCUGAUUCUAAGGUCUGCUUCUCCUGCUGUAGUGAUGGCAACAUUGCAGUGUGGGAUUUACACAACCAGACGCUCGUCAGGCAAUUUCAGGGCCACACAGAUGGAGCCAGCUGUAUUGACAUUUCUAAUGAUGGCACCAAGCUCUGGACAGGAGGUUUGGAUAACACUGUACGGUCUUGGGAUCUGCGUGAAGGGCGACAGCUCCAGCAACAUGACUUCACAUCACAGAUUUUCUCUUUAGGUUAUUGCCCAACUGGUGAAUGGUUAGCUGUUGGUAUGGAAAACAGCAAUGUAGAGGUGCUUCAUGUCACAAAACCAGAUAAAUAUCAGCUACACCUUCAUGAGAGCUGUGUACUUUCUCUUAAAUUUGCCCACUGUGGCAAAUGGUUUGUGAGCACUGGAAAAGAUAAUCUUCUUAAUGCGUGGAGAACACCAUAUGGAGCCAGUAUAUUCCAGUCCAAAGAAUCCUCAUCUGUGUUGAGCUGCGACAUCUCUGUGGAUGAUAAAUACAUUGUCACUGGAUCAGGGGACAAGAAAGCCACAGUCUAUGAAGUUAUUUAUUAGAGACAAAAUCAGAUUUCCAACAGGAUGCUUACUGGUAGCACUUUGCUGUAAAAAUUCCUUCUUUUUUUUCUUCUUAUUUUGGAAACCAAGGACACAAUAAAUUAUCACAACAAUUUCUCCUGCUCCCUAUGUUUGCCACACGCUUCUUAUUCUCCCUCGUGAAUGCUUAAUAGAAAUUUGAUACCAAAUCGGAUAAUCUUCAUAUGGAAAGAGCAUACUUAACGCUGGACUCUGAAUUUCUGAUCAUGUAUUAUAGUUGUAAUAUAUUUAUUUUGUGUAAAGAAGACUUUCUAACAACCAAUUGACUUGAUAAACCGGUUUAAUCCCUGCCUUGGAAAUGAAGAAACAUGUUGGCCUUUUCACUUCUGGACAUUUUUGAUGUGGAUAUGUUUAUGCAAGAGUCCAUGUCUUCGUGACUUUGCUGGUGCACUGAGUAAGACGUGCCACUCCAGACCCAAAGGAAUUCUACCUACUGCUUUAGUGCGUCUUAAAACAGUAUAAACAGUGAAAAAAGAAUGUAGCCCCUGUGAUCAAAAAAGGAUCUUCAUUUCCAAUAUACUUUUUUCAGAACGUCCUAAAUCUGAGGCACAUUGAGCCACUAUGCCUCUGACAAAUAUUUUUAUGGGUUUUUUUUUUUUUUUUUUUUUUUUUUGGUUGUUGCUGUUUAACUACAAUAUGUGAUCCUUUUUGUAUUUCUACUUUUUUGUUUAUUUUAAAUGCUUUAAAAAUCUAAAGUCUGUGGAUCUGCUGAUGUACAGUGCCUUUGCUGCUAUGGAUCAAAAUCAAAAAAAGAACGUUGUAGAUAUCUCACCGUAUAUGUAGAAAAUACUUAAUUUCCUACUAGAAAUGAAUCAAUGCUGAAAGUCAGACUUUGCAAAUGUGGUAGCAAAAAAAUGGUGUUUUAAAGUACUCAGUGUUUGAUGUCAUUAACAGUUUCGUAAUACUCUACAGUGUAGAAAGAUUUUGAUACUAAAUUGUGUCAUUGUACAUAAUUAUAUUACAUUGUUGACCAUAAGUACAUAUAUAAUAGAUUGUUUGUGCAUUCAGACUUUUAAGCAUUAAACAUAAGUAACUUCUA